AUUUAUUUUUGUUUACUUUGUUUUCUUGUAUUCUUGUACAAAAGUCCAAUUUAUAAAAUGAUUUCCCAAAUAUUAGGGAAAGUGCUAUUAAAGAGUAUACCAGAGUUUCAGAACAAGAUUUUUUCUAGAAGCUACAAUGUACCUAGAAGAGCCCUCAUGUACGUACCAGGUGACGAUCCCAAAAAAAUCAACAAAUCUUUCACUUUAGAUGUUGACUGUAUUGCACUGGAUUGUGAAGAUGGUGUAGCAAUCAACAGAAAGGUCGAUGCUAGAAGUACUAUAAGAUUAUUUUUGGAAAAACCCAAGCCCCAAAAAACCACAAACUAUGAUUUGGGAGUUAGAAUAAAUGCAUUGGAUACAGAAUAUUGGCAGGAAGAUCUCAAAUCUUGUCUUACAGCUGAAAAUCUUCCAGAUACUGUUUUAGUACCAAAAAUAGAAACUCCAGAAACAAUUAAAAUGUUUUCUGAAGAAAUUAACAAACUAAUUAAACAAGAUAAGAAAAUAAAUUUGAUUAUAUACAUAGAGUCAGCAAAAGCCUUUAUUAAUCUAACAGAAAUUUGUAAGACAGCACAAGAUCUUUCAAAACAGGGCAAAUUUACACCAGUAAGUUUGGUUUUUGGGAGUGACGAUUUUUGUGCAAAUAUUGGUGCAACCAGAACAGAAGACUCUACAGAAAUCCUCUACGCCAGACAAAAACUAGUACUAACAGCAAAAGCAUUUAACUUACAAGCCAUCGAUAUGGUUUACAUUAAAUACAAGGACUUGGAAAGUCUCAAGCUCCAAUGCGAACAAGGCAUGCGAAUGGGUUAUACCGGAAAACAAGUCAUCCAUCCUAGUCAAGUUCCAGUAGUCCAACAGGCAUUUUUACCAAAUGAAAAUCAAAUAAACUGGGCUAAAGGUUUGUUGGAUUCGUUUAGGACUCAUCAAAAGGAAGGAAAGGGUGCUUUCACCUACAAAGGAAGCAUGAUAGAUAUGCCCACAAUGAAGCAGGCUGAAAACAUUGUUAAAUUAGCAAAAUUAAAAACCUAGUUUUUUUUAAAACAUUGUUGAAUAUAUGAAUAACAUUCAAAUUACAAAUUUUUAUUACCAUAUGAAAUAAUCAUCAUUGUCAUCAGAAUAAACAACAUUUUUCACAGGA